UUCGCGUAUCCAGUAUCAAGUCAUCAAGUGUGCUUGUUACGAAUUCGCGGUAUUCGAUUGUUUUCUCUCCGGGACAAAUGAGGCGAGUUGUGACCAUACGCGUUCAGGUGUGCUGCAACGCGUUGACCAAUUAGCGGCUGGGAUUUGGUAUGAGAUCGAGAGGUGGUUACCGAAGGAAACCAACCAGGAAAGGCAACACUCUGUUUGUUUUUAUCAUGCUUUUGUUUAUUGUGAAAGUGACCUUCGGCCAUGGAAAAUGCUACAAGCCGUGCUUCGGUCCCGUGUGGAAGGUGAAGAUAUUCAACGAACUUUCGAACGGGUACCUUCACGUCGAAGGCCACACGGUGGUAGCAAACUACACAGAAGAUGGUACUGUUUAUAAAAUAUCCAAGGGAGCCAGUUUCUACCUCUACGACCCACACGCUGGAAAAUUCAUCUGUUGGAAUAAUAGGAGGGUCCAUAAAAAGCCAGCAUUAGUCGCACGAAAAUACAAGUCUCAGUCGCUGCGACUGUGCGAGUUCAAAGACAAAGUAUCCGAUGACGAGUUUUUUCGCAACUCGCACGUCCACUUGUUAUCGUCGUUCAAUCAGGUACUGCGAAUGAAGUUCAACAAGAUGGGGCGAUAUUCGACGAAGAAGUGCACCCAGCAACGGCUGCGACAUCGAUACAAGAAGUGCGUGUCAGCCGCAGCCUUCCUGUUCAUCCCAGUGGAGAACAACGAGGAUCACGGAGAUCCCUGCGCAUGCCCCGAAGCGAGGCAACAUUUCUGCCAUACGGAACUCCGGCAUAUGAAGGAGUUGCGUGAGAUAUGCAGCAGGGCGAACGAGACCUACGAGGUGUAGGCGCCCCUUAAGCCACGAUACUACAGCGUCGACAGUUGUGCGCAUGCGCGACCGAAAGUGAGUCAAUGUCAAGGUCGCGCGAUGACUACUUACACUUUCCCGUUAGGUAGGCUAGCCGAGAUAGCAUAAAACAAGAGGUUUUUUAUUGAAUAUAUAGAGUGUUUGAACGUCUCGGGUCCAUAUUGCAGGAGCACCUCACCAAGAUCUUGCAUUUUCUUUGAGCCCGACCUUGCGUUUUUCCUCUGUGAAUGUCACUUUGAUCUUGAGUCUGUUUUUUCCAAAUUGGAGUCCAUAUUUUUGAAAUUUGACUCACACUGGCUACUCCUCAAAGAAUUAAAAUUAAAAUAUAAGAUGAUCAAAUCACAUGCAGACUUAAAAUUGUAUAAAUUUCUUGUUUUUGGAAUUAAACGUAUGAGGAUGCUUAAAAAUGGCAGUCAGCACCAAAAUAACCUCAAACACUUAAGUCAACAUUAUAAUUUUCAUGUUUGAAAUUUUGCCUGCGACUUGUUUUUCUCAAGUUGUAUUAUGUCACUGAGGGCCUCUCGAACACUCUUUAUAGGUAGACCUGAUAACUAGCAAUGGUCGUGUGUGAUACUGAGGAGGGUAUAUCAUAUCGGUCAGCUUCGUGGAGUUCACAGACUUUUUAUGUAAAUUCCCGGUGUAUGAAAAUCAAAGACAUUACAGAUAAUUGAAAACCUUCAGUCUAAUUGGGUUACCGCUUCGUUUUCAAACUUUUCAAAACACUUCAUUUUCAUUUCAAUCCUGUAUGUGAUAAAUAAUCCAUCUGCAGAACCCUGCAUAACCAUUACUAUUUCUCAGAUCUGCCUAAAGACUGCUCAAACACUACUUGGACUAGCCUAAAACUCGCACCAUCGACACAUAGGCCAAUCAGCAAAAAAUUGUAGACCUUCUCUGUAGAACAAUAAAAUUCUCAAAAUGUUUUUUAGUAGAAAACAUUGGAAUCAAACAUUUCCCAGAUAAAUAAAUUUGGACCGUUUCAAGGGAAAGUCACUGAUUGGCCUGAUGAGCAAGUAUGUUCUGUUACAUGUAGACUGAACAAAAAUUUGCUAAAAAGUGCUUUGAAUGAGUAUCGGAAGAGAAAGGCAGACGUCGAUACAUAAUCAAAAAUUGUAAAUGGGAAUUUGCUAGGUUUGUAUCUGCCCUGAUAUUUGAAUCAUUCGUAUAGCUUUUUACAACGGACGUAAGUAUAGAUGAUAUCAAAUUAGUGAUUAAUUUCCAAAAAAAAAGUGUUUUAGAAAUUCAUAUAUUCCAAUGAGGCAAGGUUCGAAUGCUAACGUCUCUGGUAUGUCUCGGGUUGUAGGAUAAGGGAUAUGAGAUGUACCUAUAUUGAGAGUAAGGAUAACCUUGAUGUGUUUCCUUCACGUUAUGAGUUUCAAUAACACUACGAAUUAGCCUAAACAAUGCUAUAACAAUUUAGCUCUCUCCCUCUCUCUCACAGUCAGUAGCCCACCGCCCGAGCCAAAAAGAUGACCCAUCAUACUUUUACAGCCCAAUGUACGCCUAGGUCUUAACAGCCUAGAUAUCUUAUGAAAACCAUAUCUCCUUGUAUGAUUUUAUAUCUUAGGGCAGUGUAGUAGACCCUGAAUCAUCCAUGGGCCUAAAGCUCCAUGUCAUCAAGAACGUAUUAUUAUAAAAGAUAAACAGUUUUAGCGUUUUCUCUAGCUUUCACUUUUCGUAUGAGUGAGUAUGAUCUUAAAGCCUACCUUCGCUCUCCUAAGGUCACAAUUUUUCUAUGCAUUUUUUCCUUUUAGGACAGUAUGUUGCCUAUGUCAGUCAUGUCUACCGUCUCUUCAUGUUGUUUUUCGUUGCGAGAUGACUUCCAGGCACAAGGGCUUUUCAACGUUUAUAUCAUUGUGUAAGAAAUGUCAUAUUCGAAUUUAUUAGUGCGGAGAGCAAUUAAUAUGAGAUAAAUCUAUAUAAUCAAAUGAUGAACUGAGGAAUUUGCCAGAGAGAUUUCACAGAAAUAGUCAAAAAAUGGCAGAAAACUUGAUGCGGCAAGUCAUGCCUGCCUCACAAUAAAGAAACAAUCAAAAAUGGAAUGAACCGAAGUUGGUAAAUCAUUUCUAAUGGCGAUCUUUGACAAAUUUAGACUUUCUGGAAUGUUCACUCUCCCACAGUUGACCAAUGUAGAAAAAAACAGUAUUUAUAGCUACAAGCAUAAUUCGCUAACAUAACACGAUUUGUAGCAUUUAUAACUUGAACUAACGCUUAAACGCCGAUAUCGAGUAAUACAGCAUUCCAAAAACUUGCCGUUGCAUUCCCAAAUCCAGUUUUGUAAAAUGACGAAAAAAUAAAACGCUUAUUCAUGAAAAACGGGCCUCGCCUUCCCCGCUUAUUCAAAGAUUAUACAUUAUUGGCAACGAUAUUUUCCAUUAAUCAUCUACGAAAAGUGGUAAAAUGAUGCGCAAAAAUCUUUAUCACUUUUGCAACUUUUCUUAGCUUAGCCAGAAAAUUAUGUUUGCCAACCGUGUAUCCAAAAUUGAGUAGCCAAGACGGAUGCAGAACAUUUCUACUAUCUAUUUGCGACACAAACUAAUCUUGCUUCUUUAGCGCUACUUGACACAUGAUGCCGGAAGUUGCCUCAGGAUGUUAUAGGGGCCUUAGUAAGAUAUCGAAUUCAAGUGAUUCGGUCAGUGCAAAAACCACUUGAUUUUAUGUUUGUACCAACGUACCUUUUUACAGAAGAUGCUUUAUUAAAGCUUCCUUCCCUGUGAAAUAAUACCACGAAAUACACACUCGACGGUAGGCGCUUGAAUGGGUCAUUUCAAAAACAGUACCAGUAUCUCUGUAUUGUUUUAUUUGCAUAUUUAUGUGCUAUAUGCACCAAAAUAUCAAUUUUAAAUCCAUAAACUACAAAAAUAAGAGACCUUAAAAGCUAUGCCCGAAAUCACUUAUUUAACCAUUGACUCAAUCCUCCUCAUGAAUGGCUAAGAAAGUCCUUUGAAUAUAUGCUAAAUAUUUCAAAUAGCUGUUCGAAAAGAUAGUAAUAUAAAGAAGGAAUUACAGGUACAACACCUCUAGCAAUGUGAAUUUUUUUGUUAAAAUACAUUCUCAUGCCUCAUAGUCAAAUAAUCCCUUGGGCUCUUCUAUAACCAAUUAUCAAUUACUGAAGAAAGUUGGACGAAUACGUCUGUGUAUUUUUACACAAUGGUCCAUUCAUGGUUUAGCUAUGAAUACGAGAAUUUUUCUCAAGUGUUCACUUUGCCCGGGUUUUCUUAUGUAUCCUUAAAAUAUUAAAACAUGCAUUAAAAGUGUGGCAUGUUAAUAGAUCAAUAUUUGAGUGUAGCAAUGAAAAGUGUGAUUAAUAUUAUUCGUUUGCUUAAUUAUACUACUUGCUAAAACAUCGUAAGCUCAUGCCACUUUUUCAGACUUUUUCCAUUAUUAUUGUUGAUAAUAAAAUGUGGAAGUUAUUCGGAAUUUCAAUUCUUUGGAACAAUAAUACUACCUUGAGCCCAAAAAUUACUUUGAAAUUGAUUUAUUUGUCACAUUUUAUCUGCUCCCGUAAACUUCAAGUUAAAGACUUACAAGGCUUUGCAGUGAUUGAUUCAAAAAAAUUAAAUGAAAAAUGCCAUUUAUAUGCUAAAAACAUAAUCGACUGUAGCGGAUUGGCUAAAUCUAGCUUCAUUUUGCUUUUCAAGGCCUCUAUCACCCGCUCCUAUUUCGGCAUCAUGUCCAACAAUCUAUAUAUCUGGCAAUAAUGAUGUGCUUUAGUAGUUUUGUAUAUUUGUGUCCCAAUUAGCAAGUCAUAUCUGAACCAAUGACAGUAUUUGUAUUACUAAGGGCAUUAUAGGGUCCAUAGUAGAAUGUAUAUAAGAAACAAUUAGAAAUUUAAUUUUUAUAUGGUUUUUCGACUGAUGUGCAAACGUUAAUUGAGGCAUCGCUACCACGUUGGUUUUUUUUUUUAAAUAAAAAAAUGCAAUGUAUCACAACAUUAAUAUGCAGGUAUAUUCUACUUGCAAAUGAUAUUAUCUCAGAUAUUACUUUACAUUCCACAUUUAACUUCGUACUUAAAUAUUCUACUUAAACAAAUACUUUAAUUUAUAUGUACUUAAAGCAUCAGUAUUGACCCAGUAUUUGUAUUACGUACUACGGCGUGCAUAGUAGACUUUGAUAGGUUAGGUAUUUGGAGCUAGUAGACAUAUUAAAUCUGACUUUGUAAUUUGGUUCUCAAAAUAUAAAUAAUAUACCUAUUAGGAUGAUACAUCAACAAUAUUUUAUAUUAAUAAUUCAUAAGGACCAGAUAAAGAUGUAGAAAAACUUUAAUUAAAAUAUCUCGGCAUACCAACCGUGAUAUGCAAGAUUUACGAGGGGUUCGCUAUUAUUUUAACAGACCCAUAUUUCUUAAUAUUAUUGCUUUACUUUGAAGAGUCUUUUUGGAAACCACAGUGGCGAAGAUUUAUUUUUGAAGAACGUUGCCUACGAUACGUACGUGGAUACGUUCUUUGAUCUUGACAUUCUGAGAAAAAUAAAGGAAUUAUUUGAAGGUGGUUUUUCUUUCUAGCCUUGAAUACGCGGAAGUCAAGAUCAAACUCAAAUCCAAGUUUAUCACUAAGCUAGCUGCAGUAAGUCCACAACUUUAACAAUUUACGCAGAUUCUUGAAUACUCUGUAUAAUGGUGAAACACAGUGGGAGGUAUCCAAUAUACCUUGAACAUUCCGCAUAUAUUUAGAUAAUCAUUAAAUUCAUUAUAAAUAUCUCUCAAACUAGAUAGCACAUGUUAUCCCAGAAGCAAAGCUAGGAUGCAUCCUCAUACUUUGAACCCCACCCAAGAGUUCUUAAACGUGUAUCUACAGUGGUUAUUGAUUAUCAGUAAUGACAUGAGAUGCAGCCAUAGCAAUAUUCCACUUAUUUAUUACCUAAUAUUGCGCAAAUGAAUAGCUUCUAUGUUACCGACACAAUACCUACCUUAAGAACAUCUUAGAAAAUUAAUUGUAAAACUACUACGGUCCCUGAUUGAUGCUGCCAUAAUAUUAAAUAGCUGCACAUGUGUUCAAAAUGGCCAUUAGGGCCAAGGUUUACAGCUGGAAAUAACUGAAUUCUCCACAUUCAAAUGCGAAAAGGAAGAACAUACCAAAGAUGACAAAUUGUAUAAUAAAUUAUUGUUUUUAGUGUUAGGUAUCGUUUAAUUUAAGCUGGUUUCAAAAUGAUUUAUAGUCUAUUAUGUUCGCGAUCAUUUGCUAUUUAAAUUCAUGGUACAGGGCGUUAUGAAAUUCGUAUUCCAAGGCAAUCUUCACUAUUUAAUUUUAUGUAUGAUGACUUGAGGUACAAACUCGUGGCAGUAGCUGUAGACUAGAAUCAAAACACUAAAAGACAUCGGCAAUAAAAUUGGAUGAUUCAGGUCCUGAUUACUUCUAAUAUCAGUCAUUCAUCAUCAAUAAUAGUAAUAACAGUAUAAUCAUUACUAUUUUUUGUCUAUUGUGUUGGUUUGAUAUACUGUUAUAAAAUCCAACACAUGGAUGAUCUAGGUUUGUCGAUUCAAUAAAAGGUCUUGGUUUGACUAAUUGACUAAAGUCCUCGACGGCGCUGCAGCCUCCAAGUCUCAUUGGACCUUAUUCCUUGUAAUCUACAUUCCAUUAACCCUUCAAUUCUCCUAUCAGCUGCUAUAGUCUCUGUCUAUGCUUGACCCCAUCGGAUCUUAUUUUGGUUGCUUUUUGUGAUCUAGAGCUUCACACUGUUAGAAGACAUAUGAAAGGCUGAUUGUAUUCCCCUACGGCUUUUCUGCAGUUCAGGUCUGCAGCAUAGAGCCCUAUUUUGUGCAGGUCGUCUAUCAGGCCGUUGCAUCCUAUUAGAAGAUCUGUAACUAUGAGUGGUUGGGUUCUGCUCAUUGAAAGUAGUUCCUCUACAGUUUUCGAGCUUGGUCGCAAAAUAAAUUAUUUAAUAUGCCUGCAUACAGACUCCAAAUUUCAAUAUUCCUUAUACUGUUGUCUUUAUCAUUAUUUAACUUGGUUCCUUAUUGGCCUUUUUGGCACCCAAAAACAGAUUGUGCUUCAAAAAGCUACGGUUUAUUUAAAUUAAUGCACGAUAAUCAUUUGUGCAUCAACUCAAGACCUAAUUUUUAUCAUAGUAUGAUAAUAUAUCGUUAUUCCGAAAAAUUGAUAGAGGAGAUUACCUGAUAAACAUAUAAAAGACUUUGGAUUUGCAUUUAUAUCAUUACUCCGUGGUUUCACCAGAAAACGCGUAAUCAAUAAAUUCAGUUCCUACACCUUCAGUCACUCCGCGACCUGACCAGUCACACCAAUGUUUGUACUGUGGCUCAGAUUUUGAGCGUUUUCUGAUCAAUGUAGCAUUUAAACGUACCUUUAUGCCUUAUUUAUUGACCAUCCUUCUACAUAAAAUCUAAUAAAAUCCGUUCAAUCAAAACAAGAGCACGAUCUAAAAAAUGUUGAAAUGAAAAUAAACUGUUAUAUACAUAUUUCCAAAUAAGAUUUUCCUUAUGACUAUACACAUUAUUCAAGUAUUCGAAUUAAUGGAUUCUGCGAUUUUUUAGCAAAAAUGUGGCUAGCCUUGUCUCAUUAUUAAAGUAAUCUAAAAUCUACAUUCUGCAUGGACAUUCCUUACGAAGACCAGUUUUAGCUGGUGCAUAUACUUAAUUAUUCGCUAUAUAAUUAUACAGGGUGUUACCUAGAUUGUGAUCCGUCUUGGCUGCUCCCUUAUGAAAAUAAUUAAAGUGUAAUUGUUCAUAGUUUCUGUAUAUGAUAAAACGUCACCGUGUAUCUAUAUUUGUACAAAUGUUAAAAAAUUUUAUACGAUAUUUUAAUUUAUUUUUAAUAUAAUUUAACUCCUUGUAUUAUUUGUGAAUUUAUCUUUAUAUUUAGGUUCCGAAUGUGAGUGUACAGUAUUUCUCCUUAUGUUUGACCCCUAUGGGGUUUUCUUAACACAUUCUAACUUUUGUAUAUUAUUAUUUAUUUUUAUGAAUAUAUUUAUACAUUGACACCAGAAAAUAAAUGUUGUAACCGUUUCGAUUUUUGUUAAUAGAAAACAGAGAAAAUGGUGUCCACCCAUGUUUUAAUGGUUCUUUUAUUAUACAAAGCGAGUAAUUGAAAAAUAAAAAAUAAUGACUGAGGC